UUCUCUCUCUAAAACCCCCUUCACGUUUUAAACCCCCCACACUUCCACUCCAUUCCCCCAACCUCUCCCUCUCUCUAGAACUUUCUCUCUCUAGACUACUCCUUUUCUCUAUCUAUCUAUUUACUUCGUGUAUCGUUGCUAUGGCGGAAGAAACCCAGAAGACGACUGCCCCGGAGGCACCACCUGCUGCUGAGGAAGUGGUGGUGGUUUCUGAUGUACCUGUGGCGGAGAAGAAAGAAACGCCCCCGGAACCAGAGCCGGAGGUUCCGGAGAAGCCGGCGGCGGCGGCGGCGGCAGAGGAAGUUGCUGAGGCUGAAAAGCCAAAACCCAUCGCCGAGGAAGAGAAGAUCAGUGAAUCGGCUUCUUUCAAGGAGGAAACCAACGUUGUUGGUGAACUCCCUGACCCACAAAAGGUCGCUCUCGAUGAGCUCAAACAGCUCAUCCAAGACGCCUUGAACAAGCACGAGUUCACUGCUCCUCCAUCUCCACCGUCUCCGCCGCCAGCUGCUGCGGCGGCGGCGGCGGAGGAGGAGGAGAAACCCGCCGCCACCGAAGAGGAAUCGAAAACCGAAGAGAAACCGGAGGUCGCUGCUGAUGCGCCGCCGCCGGUGGAAGAGCCAGCGAAGCCCGAACCAGAGGUGGAGGAAACGAAGGUUGAAACCAAGGAAGAAGAGAAAACUCCCCCGCCGCCGCCUCCGGCGGCAGAACCAUCCGUGGCGGUGGUUGUGGCUGAAACGGUUGAGAAAGUGACUUCUGUGGACGAGGACGGAGCAAAGACGGUGGAAGCGAUCGAAGAAACGAUCGUGGCCGUCUCCGCUCCAGCUCCGCCACCGGAGGACGCUCCCGCGGUGGAGGAAGCCCCUCCGGCGGAGCCGAAAGAAGACGAAACCCCAGCACCGCCUCCGCCGCCGCCGGAGGAGGUCUCAAUCUGGGGAAUUCCCCUCCUCGCCGACGAGCGCAGCGACGUCAUCCUCCUCAAAUUCCUCCGAGCCCGGGACUUUAAAGUGAAGGACGCGUUCACCAUGAUCAAGAACACCGUCCGCUGGCAGAAGGAGUUCGGAAUCGAACCCCUCCUCGAGGAAGAACUCGGAACCGAGCUCGAAAAGGUCGUGUUCAUGCACGGCUUUGACAAGGAAGGUCAUCCAGUGUGCUACAACGCUUAUGGGGAGUUUCAGAACAAGGAGUUGUAUCAGAACACAUUUUCCGAUCAUGAGAAGCGCCAGAAGUUCCUCCGGUGGCGGAUUCAGUUCUUGGAGAAGAGCAUCCGAAAGCUCGAUUUCAGCCCAGAUGGCAUUUGCACUCUUGUUCAGAUCAAUGAUCUCAAGAACUCCCCUGGACCCUUCAAGAGAGAGCUCAGACAAGCCACCAAUCAAGCCCUCCUUUUGCUCCAAGACAAUUACCCUGAAUUUGUUGCCAGACAGGUGUUUAUCAAUGUUCCAUGGUGGUACUUGGCCUUCUAUAGAAUGAUAAGUCCUUUCUUCACCCAAAGGACCAAAAGCAAGUUUGUGUUUGCAGGAUCCUCCAAAUCUGCUGAAACCCUCUUCAAAUAUAUAGCUCCUGAGCAAGUGCCAGUUCAGUAUGGUGGACUUAGCAAGGAGGGUGAUCAAGAAUUCACCACUGCCGACUCCGUCACUGAGGACACUAUCAAGCCAGCAUCCAAACAUUCAGUUGAAAUCCCAGUUGCUGAGGGAUGCACUUUGGUUUGGGAGGCGAGAGUGGUAGGCUGGGAUGUGAAGUAUGCAGCUGAAUUCGUGCCCAGUGCCGAGGACGGAUACACUGUAAUUGUACAAAAGUCGAGGAAGAUAAGCUCGUCGGAUGAGCCUGUUAUCUGCAACAGCUUCAAAAUCGGUGAACCGGGCAAGGUGGUGCUUACAUUUGACAACCAAACAUCUAAGAAGAAGAAGCUUCUCUACAGGUCCAAGACCAAAACCUCUGAUUGAGUUUGAUUCAUCGAUGCGUCGGGGUCUCAAAUUGAAUUAAUUAGAAGACACUGAAUUUGCACAAUAAGAAAGGGGUUCUUUUGUUAUUAGAAAAGGUUUCUUUUGGGUUUUUGUUGGGAUUAAAUUUGAUUUUGAAAUUUAAAGUCAGGGGGUCAUAUUUAUGUUUUUGUUGGGGAUUCUUUUUUUCUUUCUUUGUUUUUUUUUUUUUCCUGGUGUUUGGUGUUCUGUUUUAUAAGUUACUGGUUGAAGAACAAUGUUGGGUAUGUUUGGAUGAAGAGAAAAAACUGGAGAUAUUUUUAGGGAUGGAAUUGUGUGGAAUGUGGACAGAAACCUUGUUGUAUUGAUGAUACUUUUGCCUGUAAAAUUUGUGUAAAUUUCAUACUCUCCUCUUCUUACUUUUGUUUAUAUGUUUAUGAUAAUUAAAUCAUUUAUUUAAACAA